AUGAUUAUGCAGAAGAUUUGGCUUACAGGACUUGACUGGGAUGAUGAACUGCCUGAAAGUUUAGCUUGUGAGAUAAGACAGUGGUACAUUGAACUCAGUGACUUAAAUAAAAUAAAGGUGCAAAGGUGUAUUCAGAUAGAACAGGAAGGCGAGUUACAUGUAUUUGUUGAUGCUUCAAGUGAUGCUUAUGGAACAGUUGUAUAUAGUGUAAAACCGCAAUUAAGUUGGUCAAACAUUGUUGCAGCAAAAGGAAAAGUCGCACCUUUAAAAUCACAAAGCAUUCCAAGAAUGGAAUUAUUAGCCGCAGUGUUAGGGUUGACCUUGACUUUGAUAAUCUGUUCAGCAUUGAAAAUAGACAUUAGUCAUUGUACGUUUUGGUCUGACAGUAUGAAUGUCCUUUAUUGGAUUCAUAGCCAAAGUAGGAAAUACAAGACUUUCGUUGCAAAUCGAAUAGGAUUUAUUCAUGAACAUACCUCACCUAGUCAAUGGAGAUACGUUCCAACGAAAGAGAAUCCGGCGGAUAUGACGUCACGAGGCAUACCUGUAAAUGAUCUUGCAGAAAGUGUUCAGUGGUGGCAUGGACCAAAGUUUCUUGAAUACGGCCCAGAAUUUUGGCCUGAAAACAAGUUUCAGUUGCAUGAAGCAGGUAAAAUAGAAAUGAAACGGAAUUCCAUGAACAGCAGCUUUAUCGAUGUAAAUACUGAUAGUGACUUCAGACUUGAUCCGGCGCAAUACUCCGACUGGAAUCACUUACUACGUAUAUCGGCUUGGGUACAUCGUUUCAUAGAUAACUGUCAAGUCGCUAAACACGAACGAAGAUUAUCUCCUGAGCUAAGUAUUCAUGAACUUCAACAAGCAGAAUUUCAGAUUAUUCGAACAGCACAAGCAGAAUGUUUUAGUGUUGAAUAUCCAUGCCUUUUGAAAGGAUAA